AUGGGUGAAGGAGAAUUUGGACGUGUUUACUGUGGGAUUAUGGAAGAUGAAACUGAAGUUGCAGUUAAAUUGCUAUUAAGGGAUAAUCAAAAUGGGGACCGUGAAUUUAUUGCAGAAGUUGAGAUGCUAAGUCGAUUGCAUCACCAUAAUCUUGUGAAACUGAUUGGUGUUGACAAGGACAAGGGCCCUCUAGUCUGGGAUGCACAAAUGAAGAUUGCCCUUGGAGCAACAAGAGGAUUGGCCUAUCUUCAUGAAGAUUCUAAUCCUUGUGUAAUACACCGUGAUUUCAAGGCUAGUAAUGUUUUACUAGAAGAUGACCUCACGCCCAAGGUUUCAGAUUUUGGGUUGGCCAGGGAAGCAACUGAAGGAAGUCGUCAGAUUUCUGCUCGGGUCAUGGAAACUUUUGGGUAUGUUGCCCCAGAAUAUGCAAUGACAGGGCAUCUAUUUGUCAAGAAUGAUGUCUACAGUUAUGGGGUUGCUCCCUGA